GGAUUAGGGUGUUUAAUCGAAGACCUAAGCGAGAGGCGUACGCCGCUAUUUAUGGUGCUUACGCAACUCUCGUCGCCUCCGCUACCAUUCUCACAUCCUUUCCGGCGAUUUGAAUUGGAAGUGGAGGCAAUAGUUCUAGUUUCUGCACAUCAUCCCGGAAGGAAACAUGUCGGACGAGGAGCAUCAUUUUGAGUCGAAGGCGGACGCUGGGGCAUCCAAGACCUUCCCACAGCAAGCCGGUACCAUCCGCAAGAAUGGGUACAUCGUAAUCAAGGGAAGAGCGUGCAAGGUUGUAGAGGUUUCAACUUCUAAGACUGGAAAACAUGGUCAUGCUAAAUGCCACUUUGUGGCUAUUGAUAUCUUCAAUGCCAAAAAACUUGAAGAUAUUGUCCCUUCUUCUCAUAACUGUGAUGUUCCUCAUGUCAAUCGUACUGAUUAUCAACUUAUUGACAUCUCUGAGGAUGGAUUUAUUAGUCUGUUGACUGACAAUGGAAGCACCAAAGAUGACUUGAGACUCCCAACUGAUGAAACUUUACUUGCUCAGAUCAAAGAUGGUUUUGCAGAAGGGAAGGAUCUGGUGGUGACUGUCAUGUCUGCGAUGGGUGAAGAGCAGAUCUGUGCGUUGAAGGACGUUGGUCCCAAGUAGAUCUCAUUUUAUAGCAGCUGCUCCUGCAUUUUAGCAGUUGCUAUUGUGAGCAAUGAGCGUAGUAUUGGGGGAUAAACAAACACCUAUUUAUUGUAAGGAUUUUAAUUCGUUCUAUCUUGUCUUUUCGACUUUGGUACCUUAAAUUCGCAUCAGAACAUUUGGAGAUAAAUAAAGCCAUGCUUGAAUUAUCAUUUCUUAUCUAA